AUGUCGGAGGUGCUGCCCUACGGCGAUGAGAAACUGAGCCCCUACGGCGACGGAGGCGACGUGGGCCAGAUAUUCUCGUGCCGCCUACAGGACACCAACAACUUCUUCGGUGCCGGGCAGAACAAGCGGCCGCCCAAACUGGGCCAAAUUGGCCGGAGCAAGCGGGUUGUUAUUGAAGAUGAUAGGAUUGAUGACGUGCUGAAAAAUAUGACAGACAAGGCACCUCCUGGUGUCUAA